AUGGUGCCCGAUGAGAUCUUAUAUCGAUGUGGGGACUUCGACUGGGUCCCUUUACUUGGAAUUUGGGGAGCUAUCGGAUAUACCCCUUUACUUGUAUUAAGACAAUAUAGAUCGAGACAGUUCAUACUGGCAACGCAUGGGUUGGCUCAGUGUGAGUUCUCUUAUAAGGAUGAUAACUAUAAGAGAAAAAUUCGAGAAAUAUCUAAUGCUUGGAAACGAGUUCACCGGAUGAAAAGAUUUACCGUAGGGGCAAUGACAACUCCCGAGUAUUAUGGGUGGUGGAACAAAAGGGUCAAUGACAAUAUCCCUAGGCCGAGAGAAGAUUGCGUUCAGUCUCUAGAGGAGCGUCUGCAAGUAGCUCCGUCAGAAUUAGAAAUCAUCAAACAGGACUUUGAAAAAAGGAGUUCGGAAUGGGGAAAGAGGAUAGAGCAGCUAGAAGAGGAAAAGACGCGUUUGGGACUAGACGUCGAUAUCCACAAGCUAGAAGCCGAGAAACUAAAGAAAGGAAAGAACAAGGCUAAAGAGGAUUUGGAUAGCCUAAAAAUGGAUUAUAAGAAGCUGCGAUUGUCGAUGAGAACUGCCGGUUUGGGCAAAACGUCAGAGCAGUGGCAACAGGAAAUCAAAGAAGAAAAGACCAAAGCUGAUCAGUGGGAGAAGAAAUUUCAAGACGCCCUAGUUCGAGAGAGCGCUUUGGAGAAAAACUUGUCAGAAUGCCAGAAUGAAGAAGCAAGAUUAAAAGCCCGGGUAGCAGAGUUGGAAAAGUCGCUUCAUCUGCACCGUAGUCGAAACUCUGUGAUAGAGUUAAGAGCGAGCUUAAAUAGGAUCGAAGAACUGAAAGGAAAGAUAGGGGAUCUUGAGGACACAUUGCACAAUUCUAAACUGCGAAUGGAACUUCUUGAAAGGCGUAAUGAACAGUGCCAAGAGCAAUUUCAUCAUUCUCAAAAUCAGAUUAGAGAAAGGGAUUACAUUAUGGGCGAAGCUGUGACUCAAGUACGGGAAGUAGCGGAUCAUCUACAAACCUUAGCGGUUCAGGCUGAUGUAUUAAGUUUAAAGUUUGCAUCAGAAUCGAGCCGAGGUCGAGAGUUAGCUCGGCUCCUUAAGAGUGUUAAGGCUUUAAGUAUAAGGGCAAAGCCGUAUAUGUAG